AUGUCACCAAUGACGCUGGCCCUCAUCCUCGGUUGGUGGCUGGUGGAAGCAAGCAGGGCACAGGAUCUGCCCCGACCCUCCCUGUCGCUGCACCCCAGCCAGGGGGUGUCCCUGGGGGAUGCUGUCACCCUGCGCUGCCACCUGCCCCAGUUGGCUGCCAGGGUCUGGCUGUACCAGGAAGAACAUAGGAUAUACAUCAAUUACAAGUACAAGGAGCAGGACACUGCAGAGUUCUCCUUCUUGAACACAAAUUGGGAGCACACAGGUACAUAUAGGUGUCAGUACCAGGAGUCUUUGUCAGCAGAGGAAUCAGAGAAGAGAGAUCCUGUGGAGCUGGUGCUGACAGAUCGCAGAUUUCCCCCACCCAGCAUUUCCCUGAGCCCUGAGGAGCGUGUUGGGACAGGGACCAAUGUCACCAUCCAGUGCUGGAACAAGGACUAUGGGGCUGCCUUCCUCCUGCACAAGGAUGGGAGCUCAGCCACCAUCCAACGUCAGGACCUUGAUGUGCUGCCUCCAGAGCUGGAGGAGGACAUAAUUGGGCUGGAAAUCAAUUUUAGCAAAUUGAACCUCAGCCCAGAUUAA